AUGGUGGAGAUCGCCGAAAUGCCGUCUAUGGCUGUUGAUGAGCCUUCUCCCUGUCCACAGUGCCCGAAAACGUUCGCAAAUGUUCGACUGUUGCAGCAGCACCAGCAAAUGUUUCAUUCAGAUAAGUCGUUCAUUUGCGAAAUAUGUGGGAAAGCGUUUCGGUUUCGAUCAAAUCUCGCAGAACAUCGUUCUGUACAUACAGCGUUGAAGCCAUACGUUUGCAAGUAUUGUGGGAAGAGCAGCAGACUGAAAGUUUGUCUAUUUCGUGCAUGGAUUUUCAUUUACUUUUACGUACCUCCCAAACUUCCAGGAAACCUCACUAAGCACAUAUUAAAACAUCACAAAAAGGAGCAGAAUGAGCAGAUUGGCAAGGACGAUAUAAUAAUUAAAAAGGGUAAAAAAUCGGUUAAGGACCCUGCCGCGGUAGAUUUUCUGGAAAAAUCAAUGAUUGUUAUGGCUCAAAAUACGAAAAACGAAUCAACAUCACCAUGUCUUGUAGCAAAAGAGGAAUCUAAUGAUCAAGAGAGGUCAAUUUUGAUUUCGCUCGGACUGGACUACAGUCACUCGUUGGACCUGCGAGACAGUCCAGAGGCAAGCGCUAGCCCCGAAAACGGUUCUUCAUUGCAUGUUCACAUGACGCUAAACCAUGGAUUCCCUCCACCAGAAUCUCUUGGAUCGUCAGAGGAGAAAACUAGCGAAUGUGAAGCUACCGACGAGAACUGCCUCCGUACUGAGCUGAGAGCAAUGCGAAGCCUUGUGUCUGAUUUGAAAACGCAGAUAGCUGACUUGCGCCAAACUCAGACAACACCUAGCACAGAACAGAUGCUUUCUGGCAUGGACACUCGCAUAGGACGUUUGGAGAAACAGCUCGAGGUAGCUCUAAAUUCCAUAUACACUCUAGUGCAGCUGACAACUGGAAUGAACAAUAACGUGACACGUUUCCGAGAAGACGCUGUUGAUCAGCUGAAAGGGAUCCGCGCUCAUCUAGACUCAGUGUCGGUGUAGUA